CCCCACCAGUUCCCUCCUCCCCUCUCUGUGGGUGAGAGAGGGUCUGGUUGAAGUCAUCCAAUGCGAAGCUGAUCCGACCCAUCUGGAACAUCACAGUACAGUCACGACAGCACAUCUAUUUGACUGUUUAUUUUUUGUCUGUGUGUGUGUAAGAGAAGUUGUAUGUGUGCUUGUGAAUGAGUGUGUUUCUUUCUCUCUCCAAGACUCUGUAUAUGUCUUAGGGUGUGUUUGUAAAAUCACCCUAAAGUGUCAGAGUGCACUCUGGGCCCAUUCAUAAAUUGGCAGAGUUUCGUUCUUGGUUCGGUCAGAGUGCACACUGGAUGCCCUGACCGAGGUGGACACUGAGGUUUAGAACACUCGAGGUGGACACUGUGAGGUUUAGAACACUCGAGGUGGACACUGUGAGGUUUAGAACACUCGAGGUGGACACUGUGAGGUUUAGAACACUCGAGGUGGACACUGUGAGGUUUAGAACACUCGAGGUGGACACUGUGAGGUUUAGAACACUCGGAACAACGGAGGUCAAACGCCCAAGCUAACUGGCUAAAGGUGGCAAUUAAAAGAAUAUGAUUAUUUAACAGUUAAGAACAACUUCUUAUUUACAAUGACAGCCUACCAGGGAACAGUGGGUUAACUGCCUUGUUCAGGGGCAGAACGACAGAUUUGUACCAUGUCAGCUCGGGGAUUCGAUCCAGCAACCUUUUGGUACUGGCCCAAAAAUAACCGCAAAAGCUACUAGCUUCCAGACACAAUGAAAGAACACCAUAUAAUCGCUUGACUCCUAAGUUUACUUUGAUAUGAUGGGUAUUCUAUCAAUAUUUGUGCAUAAAGGUGUUUCCACCGCCAUUUCUCUCAUAAUUAAUUUUACAGACACAAAAAGACCCCACCAUGUCGAACGAACAAAUUACCCGAUGGCAUGUACAAUUUUUACCAGAACUUCCUGUUUCUAUCACAGCUAUUGUGAUUUUUCUUUAAAAUACGGUAUGACUUUACUCACAUAAACUGUGGAUGGAAACGUGCUUACUGGCCACAAAUAUAUUUUUUGCCAGUGUUUUCUUAAACCUGCCAUAACAACCAAGUUUAUGGCGUUUGUAAUUUCCCUAAAUUAUUCUGUGCUUUAUCAAACCAGCUCUUAAGUCGGUGUAGAUUGACAGGGUGAAUUUACAAAUAAUGUAUCCUUUGUGCUUCUAACAUCUGCCUAAUAACCAUGACAACCGUGAGCACAACUACUUGCUCAAUGGAAUAAUUAUUACUUUUGUGACACGCCACUCUUUUCUCUCUCCCCCUCUGACCCACUCUCAAUUUCUCUCCCCUCCCUCAUCCCUUUCUCCAUCCGUUUCUCCAUGUCGCACUGCAGUGGGAAGGCCACAGGUGGACGAGACUCGUUGGACAACGAGACUGAGACGGGCUCGAUGGUGUCCCAGAGGAGAGAGAGGGAGCGCCCGCGCCGGAAACCCACUCACCAGCCUGGUGGGAGGAACGGUUACUCGCGAGUGGGCCGAGGGGCUGAGCUGAGCCAAUACGACAGCUGCUCGUCCUUCAUGAGCAGUGAGCUGGAGUCCACCAGCUGCUUCGACUCUGAGGACGACGACGCCACCAGCCGCUUCAGCAGUUCCACAGAGCAGAGCUCCUCUCGCCUGAUGAGGCGACACCGCCGGCGCCGGCGGAAACCCAAAACGUCCAACAUGGAAAGGUCUUCAUCCUUCAGCAGCGUCACAGACUCCACCAUGUCUCUGAACAUCAUCACUGUCACACUGAACAUGGAGAAGUAUAACUUCCUGGGCAUCAGCAUCGUGGGGCAAAGCAAUGAGAGGGGAGACGGUGGCAUCUACAUCGGCUCCAUCAUGAAAGGAGGGGCUGUGGCCGCAGACGGACGCAUUGAGCCUGGAGACAUGCUGCUGCAGGUGAAUGACAUCAACUUUGAGAAUAUGAACAACGACGAUGCGGUUCGAGUGCUGAGGGACAUCGUACACAAGCCAGGUCCCAUCACUCUGACUGUGGCUAAGUGCUGGGACCCCAACCCCCGGAGCUGCUUUGCUCUGCCUAGAAGUGAGCCGAUCCGGCCCAUUGACCCUGCUGCGUGGGUGUCCCACACUGCAGCGAUGACGGGGGUGUACCCUGCCUAUGGCAUGAGCCCCUCGAUGACCACGGUCACCUCCACCAGCUCCUCCAUCAGCAGCUCCAUCCCUGAGACUGAACGCUUCGACGAUUUCCACUUGUCCAUCCACAGCGACAUGGCAACCGUUGCCAAGGCCAUGGCUUCCCCGGAGUCGGGCCUGGAGGUGCGAGACAGGAUGUGGCUAAAGAUCACCAUCGCAAAUGCUUUUAUAGGCUCAGACGUGGUGGACUGGCUCUUCCAUCACGUGGAGGGCUUCUCGGACCGAAGGGAAGCCAGGAAGUACGCCAGUAACCUGCUCAAGGCCGGCUACAUCCGCCACACCGUCAACAAGAUCACCUUCUCCGAGCAGUGUUACUACAUCUUCGGAGACCUCUGUGGCAACAUGACCCACCUGUCUCUGCAAGACCACGACGGCUCCAGCGGAGGGGCGUCGGACCAGGACACCCUGCCCCCUCUGCCCCACCCUGGGGCGGCCCCCUGGCCCAUGGCCCUACCCUACCAGUUCCCCAUCGCCCACCCCUACAACCCCCAGCCCCAACACGACCUGCCCCAGGGCUUCCCAGGAGUAGGGGCGGGCAGCGCUGGCAGCCAACACAGCGACGGCAGCAGCGGCUCCAACUGCAGUAAGACCGAGGGCAGAGGCGGUGCCGGGGGCUCCAACAAGUCGGGUGGUAGUGGCAGCGAGUCAGAGAUCAGGAGCCAUCGUGCCCCCAGUGAGCGCUCUGUGGCCCCUAGCGAGCGCAGCACCCGCAGUUCCUACAGCCAUCGAAGCGCCCACUCACUGUCCUACGGCCCCGGCUUGGUCUAUGCCCCCCCAGGCCUGCCCCCUCAGCCCCUCCACCUGGCCACAGCUGCCCCCGGAGCACCCCCAGGCCGAGAGCUGGCCAACGCUCCCCCAGAGCUCACCGGCUCCCGCCAGUCCCUGCGCAUAGCUGUGGGCAACCCUGGCGAGUUCUUUGUCGAUGUCAUGUGACACAGGUCAUGUCAUAGGCACACCACAAAAUGGUGGAUAAGAAUUGUUUUGUUUAGUGCUGAGAGGGACAGACAGGAGGAGGAGGUCUCUAGAAAAUCAUUGUUGGGGUCAAUUCCAUUUCCUUUUUGAAUUGGCAGAAUUAAAAUGUAAUUGAGCCCAACCCUGCUGGAAAUGUCCUCUCUUGCUCUUCUGCUCUACUUUCUUCAGUGAAGAAACCCCCCGUCAGUUUCCUCCCUGUGAGGAGAGUUGUGUUUGGGUCGUGACCGGGAGGGAGGCCGGGGAAACAGCUGAGGAUGACUCCGCGCUUUUCUACUUGGAUGUUUUUAAUUUGUUAUUUUCUGUCUUUCCUCUCCUUAUCUGCACAUCCUCUGUCCUCCCCAACCCCAGUCCAUCAGAGACAAAGGUUAAAAAAGCUUCCUCCCUCCCUCCAUACUUUCUUUCACCUAAAAUGGUCCCUUAACAACCGAUUUAUGUUUGCAAAGUGAAAGAAAUAGAAAAUUAACACUAAUCUUAAAUUGACUUUUGUUUGUAUGACUUUGUUUGACUAUGAAAAUGUAGUGCAAGAGACCUGAUGCCCUUUCUGUUCUCUUGUGUUUAUCAUAGCUGGUUGCAGAUACAUGUAGUUUAUUUUUCAACACUUAACAUGAGCUUCCAGCUUAGACUCAUUGUUAAAGUAUAUUUGUCUGUUAACCAGAGGUAUAUUUGUGUCUCUGUCUUGCGAUAAUGUACAGUGGAGAGAAAAAAGGUUUUCUUACCAACUCUCACUACUCUUUUAUUAAGAAAUGUGUUUUUAUUUAUAAAUAGUUUUAUGACUUUAA